AUGCAAUUGUUGUUAAUAAAGAUAAUUCAAUUGUAUUAGCAGGUUGCUAUGAGGAGAUCAAAUUAUUUGAAUUCAAUAGAAUAACUAAAAUAAACUCAAUUACUAAGUGAACACUCAAAUAAUGUUAUAACUUUGAAUUUACGAAUUAAUAGAAUCAAUUUAUAUCUAGUGAUAAUAGUAGAUAUAUUGUAAUAUGGUGAAUGA